AACAAGGGUCCCCUGUAGACUUACGUAUCCCAUGUGGUCGUGAUCCUCUCCUUCCCAUCUUCUCAUCUCUCCUGGCCUUCAAGGUUGUUUGCCACAUCGUUCAUCUCCCUCACCUCUCACAUUCCCUCCACCCUCGACGGGAAAGUCUCUCAGAGUCCUUUCCAUACGAUACAUUACGCGCCAGCGCACCUUGAUGCAACUUCCUUCUUCUUAAACGAGACGACUUCCAUUCCGCUGGCGAUCCUUCGACCAUUCCAUACCCUUAGAGAACCACAGGUCGAUAGGAUCGAAACAUCUCUCCGCCAUCGUCAUCUCAACAAAACCCCCCUGCUAUGGCUCGCUCGGCUUUUAUCCUCGCCGUCGCGGCCACUAGCGGCCUCCUGAACACCGCGUCCGCCCACGUCGUCGCACGGCAGACGUCUGUCCCCGAAGUCGACGCCAUUUCAGACUGUUCUGUCAGCCAGAGCACACAGUACUGCCAGGCUGAUGGCACCGAGUUCCGCAUUGUCGCUACCCCGACCGAGGGUGCGCUACCAAGCUCCUAUACCGGCUGCCACCCUCACGGGUCUGAUCUAUACUGCUUCCACGAUGAUGGCGAAGUCGAGGUCGCCUUGGCCGGGGCCGCCGUCACCCCGGCACCCACUGCCACGAAUGACGCUCAUGACCACGACGACGAACACGACUCCGGCGAAGUAACCGCCGUAUCCGACUGCCGUCUGGACGGCCAGGAUGUCUACUGCAUGUGGGGUUCCACUGAGUAUUCGAUGGACGUGACGGCCACGGCCACCCAGGACAUCGCCCCCGAGUAUACCAACUGCCAUCCUCACGAUGCCGACCUGUAUUGCGUUGGCCCCGACGGCGAUGACAUCCUGGCGGUCUCCGCGGAGGCCGAAGAAGCGCCCGAUGAGCAACACUGCCAUUUCCACGCCGGCGUUGAACACUGCGUCGGCCCUGGCGAGGGUGAAAACCAGGGCACGCGUUCCUGCGAGCGCGUCGACCGGCAGUACAACAUCCCUCUUCGAGUUGGCCUUCUCUUUGUGGUCCUGGUCACCAGCGGCCUUGGUGUUUUCGGUCCCAUCUUCCUCAUGAAGCUCCUCCCACCCAAGGCCCACGUCGUCUUGAUCAUCAUCAAACAGUUCGGAACCGGUGUCAUCAUCUCCACCGCCUUCAUCCAUCUGUACACCCAUGCUCAGCUCAUGUUCAGCAAUCCGUGCCUGGAAGGCGUCGAGUUUGAAGGUACUACGGCUGCCAUUGUCAUGGGCGGUCUGUUUCUGUCGUUCUUGGUCGAGUUUAUUGGCCAGAGAAUUGUGCGUCAUAAGAUGUCUCACCGUCCCUUCCAGAGCGCUUGGUUCCGACCUGAGACGGUCAGCAUCUUGGUCAUGGAGGCCGGCAUCAUUUUCCAUUCCGUCCUCAUCGGCAUUACGCUUGUCGUGGCUGGCGACAGCUUCUUUCUCACACUCUUCAUCGUUAUCGUAUUUCACCAGUUCUUUGAAGGUCUCGCCUUGGGCAGCCGCAUCGCUGCUCUCGGUACCCAGCCCGCCGUCCAGCAAGUCGCUCAGCGUAUCGGCGGCCACGGCCACAUGCACGUUUCUGGCCCCAUGUCGUCGAAGACCGCGUCCGGGGCCGAGCCCACCGCCGAAGCGUCGCCUGAAGGUUCUGUCGACUCUAGCGACGUGAAUGGGAAGGUCCAGCAGUUUACUCUCGUCAAAAAGUGCGUGCUUGCCGGCGCUUUUGCCCUCAUCACGCCUGUGGGUAUGGCGAUCGGUAUUGGCGUUCUAGACCACUUCAACGGCAACGACCCCAGCACAGUCCUCGCAAUCGGUAUUCUCGAUGCCGUUUCUGCCGGUAUUUUGGUCUGGGUUGGCGUGGUGGAGAUGUGGGCCGAAGACUGGAUGUUCGGAUCGUCGGAGCUGAUGAACGCUAACUGGGUUGUCACCACGCUCGCCAUGUUUGGCAUGAUGGCGGGUAUGGCGCUUAUGGGUCUGCUCGGAAGGUGGGCAUGAAAAGCCCAAAGACUUACGGUUCUCUCUCAUUGUUCCUUUUUACGGCAAACCAGGGAGGUCAUGACGGUCAUCUCGGGAUAUGACAAUUUGGGAAAAAGGUCUUAC